AUGGAUCAUACGGCGCAUCCGAAGCAUUUGACCGUGCCAGUGUGGAUGCCCUUGGGUGUUGGCCCCCCAGUCGAGUCCGAGGCCAGCAUCGCAAGCAUCGAAGACAUUCUAAUUCCUGAGUUCAUCACCCUCGACGCCGACAUUCUGCAGAGCGUUAUUGAGAGCAACGUCACGGAGGUGCCGCCGUCGGAUUCUGGCAAUGUUGCACUGGCCGAGAAAAGGGGGAUUAUCGGAGGAGUGGACAACCGCGUCCGCUGGACCGACAGAAACUUCCCAUACUCACCUAUCGGCCGUCUCGAAUUCGGGGGCGGCUUGUGCUCGGCGACACUGGUUGGUCCGCGCCACGUUCAGUAUGUGCUCAACUCGGGCGUACCUAUCGGGGCCCCAUGCUGGGAGUUCAGUGACUGGGCCAUCCUAAUCCUCAAGGACCGCAUAGGCGACCAACGUGGCUACUUUGGGGCCAGGGUCACCGAGGAUCAGCACCUCAACAAGAACGUCUGGUACCACAUGGGCUACCCAGGCGAUAGGGAUGGCGCCUCCCAGCCUUACCGCCAGGGAGAAAUCACAGUCUCGAGGCUCAACACGUUCUCGGGUUGCCCCAACGAGAGACGGGCUAUGAUCGUUACUGACGCUGACGCCCAGCCUGGCCAGUCUGGUGGUCCCCUCUGGCUGGGCCCUGAAUGGGACGUCAAUGGCAACCGCUACGUCUAUGGCGUCUGCAGUGCGACGAGCGACCUUGACACGGCCUUCUCAGGCGGAAGUGUCUUCACUCAAUGGGUCGCAGCUGCUAGGACCAACUACCCCUGA